AAGUACCAACCACCCCAGAACCCCAUCGCCCCUUUCUCUCUCUGUGGUAUCUUGCUCUCUUUCUCUGGUGUUGAGAGCUGAAGAGUGUGAGAGAGAUUUGCAUCGAUCGGGACGUAUGUGGGCGGCGUCGUGCUUGGCGUCGUGCUGCGCGAGCUGCACCUGCGGCCUCUGCUCCUCGCUCUCCCUCAUCCUCUCCUGGAUCCUUCGCGAAGUCGCUGCCCCCCUCCUCCAGAAGAUCCCAUGGAUAAAUACUUUUGCCCAUACUCCCUCGAAGGAAUGGUUUCAAACCAAUGCAGUCCUUUGUGUUAGUUUAGGAAAUUUUUUGUUUUUUGCAAUAUUUGCUCUGAUGAUGAUUGGUGUGAAGGAUCAGAAUGACAAAAGAGAUGCAUGGCAUCAUGGUGGAUGGAUGGCCAAAAUUGUUUUUUGGGCUGUCCUCGUUGCUCUUAUGUUUUUCCUUCCAAACGUAGUCAUUACUAUCUAUGAAACAAUGUCAAAAUUUGGCUCUGGAUUAUUUCUUCUGGUGCAAGUGAUUUUACUAUUGGACUUUGUACACACGUGGAAUGAUGCAUGGGUCGAGAAAGAUGAGCAAAAAUGGUAUAUUGCUUUACUUGUUAUAUCAGUGGUAUGCUACCUAGCAACGUAUGCAUUCUCGGGGCUGCUUUUUAUGUGGUUCAACCCCUCUGGUCAUGAUUGUGGCCUCAAUGUUUUCUUUAUUGUCAUGACAAUGAUUCUUGCUUUUGCCUUUGCUGUUGUUGCUUUACAUCCGCAGGUCAAUGGCAGCCUUUUACCAGCAUCGGUUAUCUCCGUAUAUUGUGCUUACCUGAGUUAUAGCGGUCUUUCAAGUGAGCCCCCAGACUAUGAAUGUAACGGUCUUCACCUACACUCUAAGCAAGUUUCAAUUGGAACACUUGUUCUUGGAAUGCUGACCACAGUACUCUCUGUUGUGUACUCUGCUGUCCGAGCUGGAUCUUCCACAACAUUUCUGUCACCGCCAUCUUCCCCAAGGAUAGGUUCAAAGAAGCCGUUGCUCAAAGCUGGUGAUACUGAGUCGGGUAAAGAAGAGAGCAAAGAAGGCGAACCUCGUCCAGUCAGCUACUCAUACACUUUUUUCCAUCUUAUUUUUGCCCUUGCCAGUAUGUACUCGGCCAUGCUUCUGACUGGCUGGACCAGCUCGACAUCAGGCUCAGAGCUGAUCGACGUUGGCUGGACAACAGUUUGGGUCCGCAUUUGCACAGAGUGGGCUACUGGAGCUCUUUAUAUAUGGACCCUCAUAGCUCCUCUUGUGUUACCAGAUCGUGAGUUCUCGUAGUCUACUGGUUAGUACAUCUGAAUGUCUACAUAACAUGCUGCUCUUAAUAGUUGAAAUGUUUAUGACGUAUCUGCGUACGUACACGUAAUAUAUUUGUGGAUUUUAGUUAUGAGGAUUAAUACUAGGGAUUGCAAGUAGAAUAAAACCACGUUUGCAUGGAUUGUGAAAAGGAACUACUGUUUGUAGCAGUUUGUGCAGUUUGUUAAUAUAUCUGGAAAUCAGUCGUGAACUUUCGACCGGUAGGAAAAA